UUUGAAAUCUCAAACAAUGACAAGCAAAUUUUUACGUGUUCUUGCUAUCAGCAACGUUAUCAGUGACUUAAGAAAUUUGUCUGGUAUUAUACAACCGAAAAUUUUCCGUUUUUUGCAAAUUGCUUGACUUUGACAACUAUGGCACAUGCGUAUGUUGUGUAGUGUAUUGUUAGUUGCAUAAUUCGAAUUUUUGGAGGUUAUGGGAGUAAACAAAAAUAUUCAGUGAUUUUGUAAUUAUCUUGCUCAAAUCGUCGAGAAAAUGACGGAAGAAAUGCAUUUUUGGAAUCCGCAAGACCAGAAUUACGUCCCAAACUACUAUGAAACUGAUUAUAAUCAAAUGCCGACACAACCAGGAGACUUUCAACCGUUUACCGACUACAGCGGUCAAAUUCCUACAAUCCCUGAUGUGUCAAAAUUCUAUGAUCCCCGAAAUGUGGAUUUUGAAGAGGAACCGCCCCUUUUGGAAGAGCUUGAAAUUUAUCCAGACCGAAUUUUGCAAAAAAUGUUAGCGGUUUUAAACCCUUUCCACAGCCACGGACUAACAGAUGAUGCCGAUUACUUGAACAAAGAUCCAGAUUUGGCUGGACCAAUUUUCUUUUACUUAAUUUUAGCAGUUUGUUUGUUUUUGUCAGGGAAUAAGGCACAUUUUGGGUAUAUUUAUGGAAUAUCAGUAUUGUCGUGCUUGAUGAUGUAUUGUCUAUUGAGUUUAAUGACCGCACAAAGUGUCUUUAAUGUAACAACUGUUGCAAGUGUUUUGGGGUAUAGUCUAAUCCCUAUUGUCGGUUUAUCAGUUUUCGGGGUGUUUUUCUCUUUGAAGGGGUUAUUUGGGGCGAUUUUAGCUACAUUGUCUGUUAUGUGGUCCAGUAUUUCAGCUUCAAGACUCUUUGUUGCCAUUUCUGGUGACAGAGAACAGCAGCCCUUAUUUGCGUAUCCUUGUGCGCUAGUGUCUGCAGUUUACGUUCUUUUGGUAGUUUUUUAAGUCAUUAUUUAUUUUUGUAUGUAUUUGUUAAAUAAAUUAUUCAAGAAA